AUGAGUUCCAUUGACGAAAUUACAAGUAGUGAUUAUGUACUUGGGAACAAAAAAUCCCUUCUUUGGGUUCAAGACAGUACCGCAUUGGUUUUUGGUAUAGGAGCAGGUAUUCUUCAAUUGGAAUCUUUCAAGGGGUUUGCCAUGUUUGUAGUAGGUUAUUUGAGCGUUGCACUGCUCUAUAUCAUUUGGAUCUGUCGACUACAACCCGCGAAGUACUACCAAAGUCCGAUAAACGAUAUCUUUAUAGAAUCCUUCGUUAGAGAACUUACAGGUUACGUAAUGGCGUGGACGUUCUCCUAUGCACUGGUUGGAUAA